UGCGUUAUCUAUAGCGUCUCGUAUAAAAACUAAUCACUGCAUUUUCGCAGUACAAAAAUUUUUUUUUCAACUGGCACUACAAAAGUCAUUUGUGAUUAAUUUAUCAAUUGAUUUGUACCGUGGUGGGAUGAUUUUAUUUCAAAUAACUUUAUGCAGCUCUCUAUAACCUCAAAAUCUACAGUCAGGCCCAAGCACUUAUCAGAAUCAAUCGCAAUGUGCCAUCAAUAUGUCCUCUGUCACCAUCGAUAAACCACAUUCUAUAAUAAAAGUGCCCUCAGUAGUGUUUAUCUCGAAUGAAAGAACAACGUGAAACAGAGAAAAUGAGUUCAAUUGAGAGACCAGUAGUGGGGAAAUCAUUCAAGAGUCAUGAAGAAGUUGUUAAUUACAUGAAAGCCUGGAUGGAUUAUGAACAAGUUUUAUUUACCCGUGGAAAAUCUGCGAAACUCAGUGAAAAGGCAAAAAAUUUCGAUCUUGUGAAAUAUAGAACAGUCGAAUAUACGUGUAAACACGGAGGCACACCGUACCGAUCUAACACCACAGACAAGCGCAAGACAAGGUCGUGUAAAGUAAAUUGCCCAGCUAAGGUUAAAUUCCAAUGCUUGAAUAACCAAGGAUUUUUCACAAUUACUGAAAUUAAUUUGGAUCACAGAGAUCAUGUAUCCUCUCAGGCUGUUUACGAGCAUUAUGCAGAGAUUCGCAAACUCACUUCAGAUCAACAGACAGACACUCUUAAAUUUUUGGAAAUGAGAUGUAACAAAAAAUUAAUCCAACAAGACAUCCACACAAAGUUGGGCAAACACGUGACUCUUAAAGAUUUGUCUAAUUUGAAAGCACAACUGAAGAAGCAAGAUGAUCGAGAGUUAACUGAAGCUGUAAAGUUUCUUAUUGAUGAAAAAGGUGCUGAUGUAUCGAUCUUAAAAAAUGGAAAUCAAUUUCAAGGUCUAUACUUUUCGACGCCAGACAUGAGACGUUCGUUCGCCGCAUGGCCUGAAAUCGUUGCAAUCGAUGGGACGUACAGUCUGCUUGAUAGUAAUUUAACAGUUAUGCUGAUGGUCGUUGAAGACUCCAAUGCGCAAAGUGAAAUUAUAGCCGUUGGAUUAUUAGCAGUUGAAGAUAAACCAACUAUGAAUUGAUUCCUAUCCACAUUUAAGGAGAAUAAUGGUGAUACAUGGAAGAAAAUAUCGUGUUUCAUGAGCGAUAAGGAUCACACAGGCCGUAA